AUGAACGAUGGGAUGUGGUUUAUUGAGUUCUAUGCGCCUUGGUGUGCUCAUUGUAAACGUCUUCAUCCAAUUUGGGAGCAGCUUGGCCAUGCCGUUGCUGAUAUCAACCUGCCAGUUCGGAUUGGCAAAAUGGAUUGUACACGCUUUACAACCGUCGCCAAUCACCUCGGCAUUACAGGUUAUCCUUCAAUUAUUUUCUUCCGAAAUGGAAAGCGAAUCGAUUAUCGUGGAAAUCGCGAAAAAGAUAGCCUUUUCAAUUUCGUGAAACGAUGCGCUGCUCCGAUUGUGCAGACAAUUGAUGAGAAAGAGCUGCUCAAAGUCAAAAUGGAUUCUCGCGUCGAGCCGCAAUUCGUUUACUUUGGGACUACGAAGAGUCCGCUUUAUGAAACGUUCACGAAUGCAGCGACUUCGAAAUUUUCAAUGGCCCGAUUCUUUGCAGUUACAAAAAAUGACGAUGAAACAGAAUCGAGGGAAAGAAUUGUAGUUUACAAAGAUAACAACGAAAUUGAGUUUAAGGAAGACAAAAGCGACCUUGAGAGCUGGAUAACACGUGAACGAUGGCCGUCGUUCGUUGCUGCAACCAGUAUGAAUUUGGCAGAUAUUGGCUCAAGUGGAAAACUCACAGUUCUUGUUAUUUUGAAACAGUUGGAAAUGCGCAACGCAACCACCGAAAUCGGCAAAUUCCACAAAACCGCCGUCGAAGCCGUCAAGGAUUUGCGAAAACAGCCGAAACUGUGGCGGCGAUUCCAGUUUGCAUGGCUCGAUGGCUCCGAUUUGGCUUCGCAGAUUCAGAUGAAUCCAGUCAAAGAGCCGCACAUGUUCGUGUUCAACUAUUCGACAUAUGAAUAUUAUUUGAGCGAAGAUGAGCCGUCGAAAAUGACAAAACAAUCGAUGCUGACUUUCCUCGAAGAAUUGUCGGACUCGAUCGACAAGGGAACUGUGCUUGCACAUGGAGGCCGCGAUCUUCUGACUCGAAUCAAGAGAAUGCUUUUCGAAUUAUACUGGAAUGUGAGCCAAAUGUUCGCAACUCAGCCAUUACUCUCUUCUUGCCUUUUUGGAGUGCCAAUCGCUUUUCUCAGCAUCAUCUGUUAUAGCAUCUGCUCUGCCGAUUUUACAGUCGAUCGUGACGAAUUCUAUCCAGACGAUGACGAAGAUCAAUUAAUCGAUGAAGAACAAAGCGAACGAGAUGAUGACGAAGAAACCGAUCACGAAAAAGCGGAUUAA